GAUCUGAAUCAGGAAUCCCAAAUUCAUCUUUACUCAGCCUAACUCAUAUCGAUGGCUUCCUCGUCUGAUUCCCACCACGGCGGCGGCCGCGGCGGUCCCACCCGCACCUUCUUCGAUCAUUCUAGUGCCACGCGCGUUUCAACCGACGCCGUCCUUGCCAAAUCCAUCCAAGAGGCAUACCCGCAACUCGAACUGAUCAUCGUACCCGCCCAGUCAACGAAUCUCUUCACCUACGCCCAAGCCGGUAAUGCCAAGCUCACGCCGAUCGAAGACGAUUCCAACGAGUCCCUACCGUCAUCUCUAAGCUGGGAAAUAUACGCGGCGCCUGCAAGACGUAUCGAUGGCGCCCGUGGAGGCAUGAUCGAGCGUCCCUUGUUUGGCAAGUACGCGUAUAGCUGGCAGGACACUGAGUUCAUUGUCUACUACGCCGAAGGCCGAGAUGGUCAAAGCGCGUACCCUGCCGUCAACAACUUUUACCUUCUCACAUCGCCGGCCAAUAGAGGCAAGGCACAGAGCUUGUUGGUUGCGGCCGGCUUUUGGAGCCAGGAGCUGCACGACGAAGUCCUUGUCUUUGAUGGAGGCUACUGGAACAAGUCGCGGGAGCUGUUCAACAGUAUACGGAAGGCUUCAUGGGACAACGUCAUCUUGGAUGCCGAUAUGAAGCAGACUUUGAUCGACGACCACAUGUCUUUCUUCAAAUCUCGGGAUCAAUAUCAGAAACUCAAGGUCCCUUGGAAGCGCGGCAUAAUCUAUUAUGGUCCACCUGGGAACGGCAAGACUGUCAGCAUCAAGGCGACCAUGAACAUGCUGUACAACCUCAAGGACCCCGUACCAACGCUCUACGUCAGGAGCCUGGUAAGUUGGAUGGGCCCAGAGGCAUCCCUGUCCAUGAUAUUUAAUGGGGCGAGAGCAAUGGCGCCAUGCUAUCUUGUUUUUGAGGAUCUCGACAGCAUUGUCAACGACUCUGUUCGCUCAUACUUUCUGAACGAAGUGGACGGACUUAAGAGCAACGACGGAAUCUUCAUGAUUGGUAGCACCAACCACCUCGAGAGGCUUGACCCUGGCAUCUCCAAGCGACCAUCCAGGUUCGACCGCAAGUACCUGUUUCCCAACCCCAGCAGGGAUCAGCGCGUAGCAUACUGUCAUUUCUGGCAAAGAAAGCUGGCCGACAACAAGGACAUUGAGUUCCCGGACAGUCUCUGCGGAGCGGUGGCGGACAAGACUGACAAGUUCAGCUUUGCCUACAUCCAAGAGGCGUUUGUAGCUUCGCUUCUGGCCAUUGCUCGCACAUCCAAGCAGGCGGACGAUGAUGACUGGGUCAGUGUGACGGCUCCUGGCACCGAAGACAGUGAUUAUGAGAGUGAUGACAGCAACGAUGGCAACGAUGACGAUCUAAAGAAGUUGGUUCUUUUCAAGGAGAUGAUGAAGCAGAUCAAGAUUCUGAGGGACAGCAUUGACAGUAGCGAUGACCAGGUGCUUGCUGCCAAAACGGCGAACCUUAUGCAGAUAUAACAACACAUGUAGUCUUUUUAUUCUCGUGGGUCUGUUCAGGUUUUGUUACACAUCGUUGUUUCUUUUUCCCAUCCGAUCAUAAUGUAUCGAAUUAUGUUCGAGUGACUGGAAUUGCUUCUCUAGCAUCUUGAAUACGGCUUGAUACUGAUAUUGUUAGUUAUCUGUUUCGAGAGAGGGCUUUGCUGGUUGUCGGACUUGAAAUAAGUAAAUAAAUAAUAGUCUCAGUUGUCAGAUCGUUUAGGGGAAACACGUACAAGCAAAUGGUCGAA